AGUCCGUCCAAUGGCAAUAACUCUAUGGCCCAUUAACACUAGGCAGCAAAAUAAAUCUCAUUGAAUAAAGGGCGUCUUGGUGCCCCGCUGAUCGAAGCGUCCUCCAGAAGGCCCAAGACAGACUCGUCAUCGGCCUUCCUUCGCCCAGAGAGUGCUGUCAGCCCGAAUCAAUGCGGUGUUUGGCUUCACCGUUGUCUGAAGAAUCAAAAUUCCUGAAUUGCACAGCCUCUCUUGAGUCUGCACCCUUGAUCAAGACUUGUGGGCUUACGAGACUUUUGGAGAACGAUGAUGCCAAGGGAGAGGGCGGACGGACGCACCGUAAUACACAUAUAUAACUACUACUACUACUAGUUAACUAGGUACUGUACCUAAGUGUGGCUGUGUUCUAUCAUUUCAUUUCAUUUCAUUUCUUUUUGGGACCAAGUGUAAUAAUCAACAACAUUGUAAUCA